AUGGGGCCACCGGGCACUGGGAAAACGACCGUUUCUACUAAGAUUUGUGAGCACCUAUACGAUCUCAAUGUAGCAGUCUUGGUAAUAUGUGGCUCAAAUCAUGGGCUUGACGUAUUAUCAGCCCGGUUGGCGAAUACCUUGAGGCAAAAUAUGCAGGGCCACCCAUCACGUACCCCAGGCUUUUACCGUCUCGACAGCGAUACUAGAGAGGAUGCAGACCCACAGAUGGCACUAGGUGUAGCAUCUACCAUGGCUACCGAUACUUCUUCCUUUUUUGAGAUAGUGGCCACGUUACAAAGGACAGGAAUAGAUGAAACUCGGUUCAGGCUGCUUCAAACAUCAAUUGAAGCGUCCCUUGCAACUGGUAGCUCGGUAUCCUUGGGUGCACACAUCCUUGCCCGGCUCCAAGUAGCUGCGAAAAACCCAAGUGUGGUAAAUGCAAAGGAACUCGAACUUCUCCAAUACAUAGCAUACCGCAUUUUGCUCUCCCGGAAAGGAUAUUUAUUUGCUGAAGUGGUCACAGACGUGCCGGGGCAACCAGUGACGCCAUAUUCACCCAAGGCUCGGUUAAAAAGUAAUGAAGAUUCCGAUACCAUACUCAGGGAACUUAUGUCUGAGGCGGGCGCAGCUUGGUUGAAGUUACAGGAGUAUUAUAUUUCUCAAGCCAAAGUUAUCUUCUGCACUGCUUCGACAGCAAGUCGAAAGUCACUCCAGAGCUUCAAGCCAGCAGUUGUCAUCGUUGAAGAAGCAUCUCAGUUGACAGAAUCGAUGUGUUUAAAUGGCAUAAGCAAAUACUAUGCGUCGUUGAAAAAGGUCGUUCUUAGCGGGGAUUUAUGCCAGCUCCCUCCUACGGUAUCAUCUUUGGGGAAGAAUGAGUUUUGUAACCCAGAAAAGGUGUCACUAUUUGAGCGUAUGAUAAAGACCGGUGUACCCCAUACCAUGCUACGCACGCAGUACCGCAUGCAUCCUGACAUUUCGGACUUCGUCAACGCUACUUUCUGCAGCAACCCUUUAGUUAAUGGGUCUAGUCUGAGACGGAAUAAUUCUCAGAUGUUCUCAGAAUUCAUGACGAAACCGUACUCGACCUCCCCUGGUGCAUCAUACUACAUGGCCGUAGCCAAUUCUUCUGUUUGGCAGAGGAAGUGGGGAACCUCCUUGGUGAAUCCCAAGUAUGCCGUUGCCGUUGCAAAUCUCGUCUCAGGCCUCAUAAAUUUCGGGUGCCCACAGAAUCAAAUCCUUGUUCUAUCUUAUUACAGCGAGGAAUUAUCGUUGUUGAAAGAGCUGCUCAACCGAAAACGAGGACUGAAAGAUAUUGUUGUUCAAAGUGUUGACGCAUCCCAAGGAAAUGAAAAAUCCAUUGUCAUUGUUUCAACUACGAGGGUACGGCUUAGGAUUUGUGGCCGACCUCCGACGACAAUGUGUUGCAUUGAGCUGGGCUAG